AAAAUAAUUAUACAAUAAAUCUAACAAUAAGUAAAAAGAUGCCUUUUUAAACUUAAAGAUGAAUAUCUUUGAGUUAGAAAUUAAAUUGAUCCUGUAAUAUCAGUUUGAACUUACUUAAAUUUAAAAUUAAAAAAUAUUUGUGGAGAUUCGUUUUUGUUUCGGUUGUCGUGACAACACGUUAACUGGAAACACUAAAUCACAAAAAGUUCCCUUUCUGUCGGAUUGUUUCGACAGCACAAAGAUUCAAGUUUAGUUUGCCAUGAAAAAAUCCUUCCCCUUUCAUUUCCAAGGAACGAGAUAAAGAUUUAUAUAUACAUAUAUACAUACGUAUAUACAUAUAGCUUAAUACUAUGAAUAUUAGAAAAGCAGAAUCGAUUAGCACAUUGACCGAGCACGAAGACGAACUCGAUGAUUUCGAAGGAUCAAUUGUUUGGUCCCAGGAAGAACCAUUAUCUUCGAAUGAAAUUCUGGAAUUAACAUCUGAUACCGAGAAGCAAAAUCGUUUAAAAUCUCUAUGCCGUUUAUGCGCAGGAGAAACUCCUAAUCCUAUUUACAUUUAUUCCGAAUUUGGCGAAUCUCUGAGACUAUUAGACAAAAUAAAUACAUGCUUAAGCAUUAAGGUGAAGAAAACAGAUCCUCUUCCAAAACAGAUUUGUCCAAUGUGUGUAGAAAAGAUUACUUGGUGCAACGAAUUUGAUGCUCAAUGUAUCAGAGCUGAAGAAACCCUUUUUGAGAUUUUAAAGGAUAAACAUUCAUUUAGAAAUACUCAGAAUUCGGAGAAUGCUCAGGUAAAUACUGAUUCGUGCCCUUUGUGCAUAGAAGGGCGAAUGAGAGUUUACGAAGAGGACAAAGAAAAUCGAACAGAUAUUGAAUUAUACGAUAGCGAUAUUGUUCUUGAAAGUAGCGACGAAGAACAAAUUCCAAAUGAGAUCAAGGCCGAUGAAGACCUUGCAAACGAAUCCAUAACAUUGUUUUGUUUGGGUACCAAACAAAAGUAUUUAAAAUGUGGAGCUUGCAUGAAUCUUUAUCAUACAAAAGAAACUCUGGAUGAGCAUAAAUGUAAACCCAAUUUACAAUGUACUUCUAAGCCGUAUAAGUGUGAUGUUUGUUUCGCUACUUUUACAUUUGAAGAACGAUUACAAUUUCAUCAACAUUUUCACAGAAAUGCAAAAGCAUUAUACUGUGAAAUUUGUAAAAUUACAUUUGGGAAAGAAUUAAAAUUAUUUUACCAUUAUAAAAGAUACCAUUGUAAAGAUGGUAGAGUAUCGUGCUUGCAAUGCGGAAAGUUAUUUGAAAAUCAAGAAGGAUUGAAGAAACACGUUUGCGUGGAUGGAAAAACAAGACCUCAUGUAUGUGAGGUUUGUUCUAAGGGCUUUUGCGAUGGAUACACUUUGAAGCGGCAUGUAGUAACUCAUCUUCCAGAAAAGCCAUACAAGUGCCCUGAAUGCUCAAAAAGCUUUACACAAAAAUCAAGGUUGAAUAAACAUGUAGCUGGACACAGCAUUGUUUUUGAAAAUAGUCAAACAAUUUGGAGAUGCAUUCACUGCGGAGAAGUUUUUGGAAGUUGCGAGUGUGCGGAUGAGCAUUGCAAAAAUCAUGAAGAGAAAGUUGUUAAUUGUAUCGAAGAAUUACAAGUACUGAAAUUAUAUCAUUGUGAAUUCUGCAAUAGCCAUUUUGCAGAUAUGGAUCAUUUAAAAAGUCACAGGGAGUCGCACACGAUUGAGAAACCAUAUUCGUGUAAUCAUUGUACCUCUUCGUUCAAGUCUUUUGCAGAGGCUGUUCUUCAUUGGAAGGAACAUCCAAGAAUAUUCAAAGUACUAGUGGUAUUUGUGUGCGAGAUAUGCGACAGAGAUGUUAAGGAAUUGUCUCUUCUGUACAAGCAUAAACAAAAGAGACAUCAACCUAUACCCAGAAAAUCAGAGAAAGGUGAAAAGAAGUUCAUCUGUGAACUCUGUGGAAAUAUUUUUUCAAUUAUCGAAGAAUUUCAAGAACAUGGAAAAUACAGGUGUUCCAAAUUUCCAUGCGAUAUCUGUGGCAGUCUUCUGCCAACUGCAAAUUCUUUGAAUGCUCAUAAAAGAAGGCAUAGUGGAUUAAGACCAUACGUCUGCAAUAUCUGUGGCAAGAGUUACACUCAGUCUAGCCAUAUGUGGACUCACAAAAGAUUUCAUAUGGGUGUAAAACCGUAUGCUUGUGAGUAUUGUGAUCAAAGAUUCACGAUAAAACCAGACCUAGCGGAUCACACUAGGAAGAAACAUACCAGAGAACGACCGUUUAAAUGCGAUGUUUGUAACAAAGCUUUCUUAACCGGUUCUGUUUUUUAUCAACAUCGUUUAAUACAUAGAGGAGACCGCAGAUACAAAUGCCAUCAUUGCGAAAAAGCAUUUACCAGAACUGAAGCUUUGAAUAAUCACAUAAAGAUUCAUACUGGAGAGAAACCGCAUGCCUGUGAUGUUUGUGGAAGAUGUUUCAGGCAAAAAGGAGACAUGAGAAAACACAGACGUACUCAACAUACAGCUAAACAAGAUACAAAAUAAAACAAAAUAAUUAUUAAAUAUUAUUAUGUAUAAGAUGAUAAUGUAUUUGCCGCGUACCGAUAGUUGUUUUAAGCGUUCCAACAAAGUUAAUAAAAUGUAAAUAAAGAA